AGAGAUUUGUGUGAUGUGUCGUUAGGUCGAAACGGUCGAGUCGAGUCGGGUCGGGUCGUGUACCUUUUGCCACGAAUGUUGUGCCAGUCAGGCUCUAAAAGGCCUUACGAGAACAGCUGAGAUUUCGCUGCUCCGCAUGACGCAAAGAUAGCGAAGUUGAAAAAUUUCCAAGUCUUUAAGUUAUCAUAAUAUCGUGAGUGCGCCGAGCGGGAAACUCGAGAUCGAAAUAGAAGCAAAAAAUAAACCAAGUGUUUUUAAGUGAACCGCCGCGUUGCUAAUAGCAUGCGAAGCUAAAAAUAAUCAAAUAAUUUUAUUUCGAAAGAAAAAGAAAUUAACAAAAAAUUAACAAAAGGAUAAAGCUAGAGCUGAGGACUCUGCGGUAAACCCGAAAAAAGUGUGAACCGUACGAAGUGCGUACAAAGUGUAUUCCAGCAAUUAUACCCCGUGUUCCGACCCGGCCGCCAAGAUUAUUACGCACAACUCGCUGAGCGUGUACGGCGGCGGCGUCAUGUGCGCCUCCCCGUCCACGGCUCCCGGCUUCUUCAAUCCGCGCCCGCAGUCCGGCGCGGAGCUGUCCGCCUUCGACCUCGGCCUGUCCCGCUCGAUGGGCCUGGGCGUCGGUGUGCCGCCGCACAGCGCCUGGCACGAGGCGCCCGGCUCCCUGGGCGGCCACCUGCACGCCGCGUCCGCGGGACCCGGCACCACCGGUGGCAGUGUGGCCACCGGCGGCGGUGGCACCACGCCCAGCAGCGUGGCCAGCCAGCAGUCGGCGGUGAUCAAGCAGGACCUCUCCUGUCCCAGUCUCAACCAGGCCGGAUCCGGUGGCCAUCACCCCGGCAUCAAGGAGGAUCUAUCCAGCCUGCCGAGUGCCAAUGGGGGAUCCGCCGGCGGACACCACUCCGGCGGCUCCGGUUCGGGAUCCGGUUCGGGCGUGCAGCCCGGCCAUGGGUCCGACAUGCUGCCCCUGAUCAAGGGACAUGGCCAGGACAUGCUGACCAGCAUCAAGGGACAGCCCGCCGGAUGUGGCAGCACCACGCCCAGCUCCCAGGCCAACAGUUCCCACUCGCAGAGCAGCAACAGCGGAUCCCAGAUCGACAGCAAGCAGAACAUCGAGUGCGUCGUCUGCGGGGACAAGAGCUCCGGCAAGCACUACGGACAAUUUACCUGCGAAGGCUGCAAAUCUUUCUUCAAGCGCUCCGUGCGACGCAAUCUCACCUAUUCUUGCCGCGGCAGCAGAAACUGUCCCAUUGACCAGCACCAUCGCAAUCAAUGUCAGUUCUGCCGAUUGAAGAAGUGCCUCAAGAUGGGCAUGCGACGCGAAGCUGUCCAGCGUGGCCGCGUUCCGCCCACGCAGCCCGGACUGGCCGGCAUGCACGGCCAGUACCAAAUCGCCAGUGGGGAUCCGAUGGGCAUCGCCGGCUUCAACGGGCACUCGUACCUCAGUUCCUACAUCUCGCUGCUGCUGCGGGCGGAGCCGUACCCCACCUCCCGCUACGGCCAGUGCAUGCAGCCCAACAACAUCAUGGGGAUCGACAACAUCUGCGAACUGGCCGCCCGGCUGCUCUUCUCGGCAGUUGAGUGGGCCAAGAACAUACCCUUCUUCCCGGAGCUGCAGGUCACCGAUCAGGUGGCUCUGCUGCGACUCGUCUGGUCGGAGCUGUUCGUGCUGAAUGCCAGCCAGUGCUCGAUGCCGCUCCAUGUGGCGCCACUGCUGGCCGCCGCCGGACUGCACGCCUCCCCGAUGGCCGCCGACCGCGUGGUGGCCUUCAUGGACCACAUCCGCAUCUUCCAGGAGCAGGUGGAGAAGCUGAAGGCGCUGCACGUCGACUCCGCGGAGUACUCCUGCCUCAAGGCGAUCGUGCUCUUCACCACCGGUAAGUUGCUGGACAUCCUCUACAAGGAUGUGCCGGCGCUGCUCGCCAAGGUUUCAGCACUCCUCGCCAAGGGUUCCCCCUCCGCCACCAACGAUGAUGUCCUCGGUGUGGUGCGUGAGCAUCUGGACGAGCUCAACCGCCAGGAGCUGGAGUCGCAGGCUCCUCUCCAACAGGCUCCCCUCCAUCUGGCUGCUUUUAUGAAGAGCGUUGCUGGCGUGGAGGCUGCAGUGCAGCAGGCGGAGCAGGCCCAGAAUCCCCUUCCCUCGAGUUCCACACCCACUACUGCUGCGGCUGCUCCUGCUCCGCUGGUUCCCUCCGCCGGCAGCGCCUUCAGCAGCUGCCAGGCCAAGUCCGCUAAUUCCGAGAUGGAUCUGCUGGCCAGCUUGUAUGCCCAGGCCCAGGCCACGCCCCCCAGCAGCGACGCCUCCGGGCAUAACAAUAGCAGUGGACUGGGCGCCUCGCUUCCUACUCAAUCGCAAAGCGGUUCGUCCUCCCGCAACCUAACCGCCUCGCCGCUGAGUAAUUCGCUGGCCACCGCUCCUGCCACGGCAUCCACUUCCAUUCCCACAUCCUCCUCCAAUUCCGCUCCCCUUCCCGCUCCCAUUCCCGUUUCAACCGCCUCCUCCACCUCCUCCUCGCUGACUGGUGGAGCCUAUCAGACGCCAUCAUCUGUGGCGGCAGCGGCGGCUAUGUUCCACUAUCAGACGCCACCGCGCGCCGCCUUCGGUUCGGCCUUCGAUAUGUUCCACCACAGCACGCCAUUCGGUGUGGGCGUGGGGGUGGGCCACGCCCUCGCCCACUCGGGCGGCAGCGGCGGAGCGUCCUUCGGCAGCCCCAGUUACAGGUAUUCGCCCUAUAGCCUCGCCGGUAGUAGAUGGCAGUUGUAGGAUCUCACCCAAGUCGAUCGACCCUCUGUAAAUGUAAAUGUAUCUGUAUCUAUAGCCUCUAGGUGAAUCCAUCUGUAAAUGUACUUAAUCUAGUGCCUACUGCUAGUUUCUACCUAUUUAUUGCCUUACCCUAAGCAUAGUUUAGUCUAGUGGUAAUCUCAUCUAGUUUCGUUUAGUGAACUUUGCCAAAAAUUUGAUAAAACAAAGAAUCGAUGAGGGAGGAGAGAAAGAAAGAAUCUUAAGAAUAUAUAUAAAGCUGUUGCUGUUAAACAAAAUCUAAUCCUGGCCUGUGUUUUUACUCGUUAUCGCUUACUAAUGCUUAACAUCGCUUGUUGACUAAUUUUAAGUGUAUUAUUUAUUUAUUUAUUUGUUUAUUUUGGUUUACUAACAAGUAUUAUGAUUUCAACCUUCGACUAACACCGCUUCUUAGCCAUUAACUGCAAGACGCUUAAACUUUAAUGAUUUCUGAGUGAGAUCCUACUAGCAUUUGUUAAAAACAAAUAACUUGUUGAUCAUGUUAAUUAUAUCUUCUGAUCGUAUUAAACAUUGUACCGUAAAUAUUAACAAUGAUAAACUUUUUGGUGUUUCUUAGAUGAAACUAAAACAAUUUUAUCAUUGAAAUUUGUUCGUGAGUUGAGCAUUUUAAAAACAAUGAUGAAAUACUAUUAACUUCUUUAAUUUUAAAGAAAUUAAGAUCAUUUCAUCGUGAAAUUAGCUAUUGCCUUAAAUUAAAAACGAUUUGUGUAAAAUUGUGUAGACCGUUAACAAUCCGCUCAAAAACUCAAUUUUCUAGUUAAAAAAGUUUCAGAUAUAUUAAAUUACAAACAUUUAACAUUGAAUGAAUUGAUUUAAACCAAAUAAGCAUAUGCCUUAGAUCCUUAAAAUGAUGAACCAGUUCUGAUUAAGUAUUUAAGGCACUUUCUUAACCCAAGGUAAUGGAAUUGUUAUUAUUUUUCAGGUCAUGGAAAACUUUUAAUUUUGUUGAUUGUCAUUCUUCAUAAUUUCAGCAAGCUUAACAGUUUUCCGUUUCAUAAAACCCCCAUUUAUUUAACACUAAUCUUUUCACAUUUUUAUUUCAUUUUUAACAAAAGCUAUUCUCACAAAAACAAACAAAAUUUAAUCUCAUCCGCACGUGGCAACAAAACUCUGGACUUUGGGAUUACACACACACACUGAAUACACACAUAUGCACGUCUAAAACCUGCACACGCACACAACUAAAUCACACCAGCUUAUAUGCGAAUAAUUUAAAUAAUUUUAAAACCUUACGCCUUAUACAACAUACUUAUUUUUAGACAAUUAGGUGCCACGCGAAAUAAAUCACUCAAGUUUUGUAUGCAAAUAGACUGAAUCGAGCUUUUCUUUGACUUUAGCAUAAGUUAAGUUUAGCAAUUAAGAGUAAGCUAGCGAUUAUAAGUUCGUUAAGGGAAGGGGGAAACUUAGGUUUUGAUUUAGAACUCCCCCCUUUUCUCGUGUCGUGUCAACCAGCUGUCCAGCUCCACGUCGCAAUUGUUUUUCCGCUGAUCUGAGCCAGGCUUGGCUCAAAGAUAUCCCAUUCCCCUCGUGCUCUUUGUGGCGACGUUUAUUGACGUCGAGAUACCACAUUAUGAACAUUAAUACAACACUCGUUUAUGUCGCUUACUUACAAGCCCGACUCCGGCCGACCAGUGGACCAAUGGACCAACGGACCAAUGGUCCAAGUCCAGGCCUUGGCCAAACUUGCAAUGAAAAUAAUUUUACCAUUUCCAAAACGCUGUGUGUGUCGCUUGGCCAAGUUGCACUGAGGAAAAUAUCUGACCUGUAGGGGUUUUCAUUAACUUCAAAAUACUAAGCUUUAAUGUUGAAAUAUUGCAAAGUGUUAUAAACUGUAUCUGGGAUAAAACAUUUUGUGAUUAAUCAAUUUGCUUUAAGCUAUUUACAUAAAUUGUAGAUUUAGAAGUUUCUUUGAAAAAUAUUUAAAAAUCCAUAAUAUUCAAUUUUAUAAAAUGGUAAGCGUGAUGCGUUGAAUAAUGUUUUAAAUCAGCAUUUUACCUUACAAAUCAGUAAAUAAUCCCUAUCGGAUUAUUUUCCGCUUACUUUUCCCAGUUUUUCUCCGUGUAUGCCGCGAUCAGCUAACCAAACUCUUGAGGGGGCGUGUGUGGCGUGGAGUUCGUGGUCUCGCUGGCUGAGACCCUGGACCGACUGGCAAGCUGCAAUUGCAUUUGAAUUGGCUGCAUGAGUCCAUAAACUGCAGCCGAUCAAUCGCUGUUCCCCACUAGCCCCCUCCCCCUCCCACUUUCCCCUUCCCCGCUUCCGCUCCCCAAAUCUGCGAAGUCCAUGGUUGCAAGUCGCAGAUUGUGGGAGACGAGACACGAUCGCGGUAGUAAAAUACCGGGUAUAGACUUACUAGAUCUUCUGCAGCGCAUUGACGACAUGUCUGCUCCUCCGGCUGCCAGAGCCAAUGUUGCAUGCCUCACCUCGCCGCGGUGCAUCUUCUUCUUCUUCCUCGCCCCGCUGAUUGCUGUCGUUCGCUGCAGUUGUUAGGAGUUGUAGCUUUCAUGUCUUGGCCACACUUUUUGACCAACAUUCUGUGUGUGUUUUUCGCUGGCUUCUCGCUGCCUCGCUGCUUUGGAGCUUCGAAGCUUCAGAGUUUGGCUUCAGAGUUUGGGGAUUGGAGUUUCGGAGUCGCGGAGCCGCUCAAAUCGUUUUGUGGCGCUCAUUGAUCGCCUGCGCUACUUUUCCCCCUGGAAAAUUGCCAGGCGACGUGCCUUUGGGGCCUGGGACUCUGGCAAUUAACAGUAACUUUUGGGCCGGGAACCGACGUCGUUGAUUAGAAUCAUUAAGGGCGCGUUUCGAUAUUAGGUUUUCGCUCGGCGCUCGUGUAUUUGCCCAAGAUCCAGAUGCUCCGCUCGAUAGAGCGGAACUCCUUCGGCGGCUCCACUGUCUCCACAGUUGACCCCACACGACCCGAUCCUUAUUAAAACUAAAUAAAGUUAUAACUGUUUUUCUCUGGCGGUCGCGGCACGAACUGCCCGAAUGGCCAGAACCGCACAACUGGAGCCCAUAAAGAACACAAAUCUAAUAAAAUAUAAUGCAGCAAUUCAUAAUUUUGUUAAACAGUUCGUCCGUUUCGCGGACGGUUACUCCUUCGUCUCUCCUGCUCCUUUUUCGAUAUGUCUGGUUGGUUGGGCAACCAACUACUUUACGGUCAUUAUGCAUUUAAAACACGCGGUCACGAUCUCUCCCUCGCUGAGUUAGUAACUGCGACGACCCAAAACCAAAAACCGAAUACCGAGUACCGAAAACUGAAAACUGAAAACCAAAUACAAAUACAAAUCGAAGCCAAGCUCGUACAUAACUACAAGCCGAAAACAGUUAACAAAAGCCGGAGCAAAAAAAAAAAUUUAAAAAAAAAAAAAAAAUCAAAGCCCAGACGAGAAGAGAGGCUAACCCCUCGAGAAAGCUCCGAUCGAAGCGAAGUGGCAGUGCAUUUCUCCAGAGCCGCCCGACCUGGAAGUGGAAUGUCUUUCACUUUGGCGAUGCCAACUCCUCCGCCGCUUCGAGAAAUCGCAUCCCAGCUCCUCGUCAUCUCCGCUGCAUUUCAAUGAAGGCCCAAAAUGUGGCUUUUUUUUUGUGGCACAGUUUCCACCUCCAACUUCAACUGCAUCUAGUCUCCUUCCCCGCCAGCGAUUAUGAUUUCCCAUUCCGAGGGUCCCGGGGAUCGGCCGAGCUAAUGGAAAGUCAAUUGACAAUUAUGGCCAUGGCCAAUGAAGUGAUUCGCUGAGCUCGCCGGACUGACCAUGUCUAAUUUGUAUUAUAGCCGUUGCCUCUUGUCCGUCUGGCUGUUCAUGGCUCGUUGUUCGACGUUGUUUAUGAAACCGAAUGGUUAAUAAUGGCUAAUUGAAUUCCUGCUGCCGCUGGCGACAAAUCAUUUAGCCUGAUUUACGCGCUUUGUGUGGGGGCCAAAAGCCUAGGAAAUUUAUAUGAUAACCACUGCCCAAUGUUUUCCAUUUAUCUGUGAGCCAAAACGAUCUUGGCCAAACAACAAGCCAUGGUUUUGCCUUUCAACUGACACUCGUCUUUUAUGGCCAGCUCGGAUUCGGAGAUGCAGAGAUUUGGAUACUCGAAGAUUCGUAGAUUCGGAGUUGCGUGCCAUUAACGACAUGCAUUCGCAGACAGCCGGCCAGGCAAUCGGAUAUAUGAACCCAAAUCACGAUGAUAUCGGCUGGCAAAUGGCCCAAUCAUUAGCUCAGUCUGCUCGGCUGCUAAAUGAUAUAUCAGCUGCAGGUCUUUUUUUUUGGAAUCGCCUUGCGCAAUCGAGUUAGUCCUCGUGUGUAUGUGCAGUGACUAAUUAAGCAAACAAAAUUUCAUAUGCAAUUUCGAAACGCCAUUCUUAACAGCAACGACCAUUUAAAACGCUUUAAAGCUAUGCAAAUUUACAAGUGCUGAUGUCUAAUUUGAAUUUCAAACAGUCAAACACACAGAAGUACACAUAAAUGUAUAAGCGUUUAUAAAAAAUAGAAGAACCGCUCGUUCGUUGUUGUGUUGAUGUUUUAACAGCGGCAAUUGAUAAGCAAACUUUUGGUGCCUGGCAAUUAACACUCGACGGCACACGCUGCGUAUGCGCAAUCCGGCAUUGCUGUAAUUAAAUGCCACGGCUAUUUGACAAGACGGAAAACUCAUUGGCUGUCGGCUCGUAUCGUUUUCGGUUUUCGGUAUUCUGUUUUCGGUUUUCGCGGGGACAGGGCGUUGUCUUGGGGCUUAAUUUUCCCCAAUUUAAUUAACCCAAGUGUUGUACUCGCUGUGAUGUUGUUGUUUGUUCGGUUCUCAGUAGAGCGACUUCAAUUGAACAUAAAUCAAGUAGACAUGACGUAAUCUCCCAGUUUCGUCAUCGAUCCACUGCCGCAGUGUUGCUGUGUUGUUAUUUAGUGUGCUCAACUCGAUUGAACUGAGCCGUUGUGGGCGUGGCAGGCGCUCAUGUUCAGUUAUUGGUUUGACGUGACAGGCAAUCGAAAGCUGGAAAUUUUCUGCCGGCGCCAGAUGCCUGCGGCCUGUCCGACGUGACGCACAUUGAAUCCCUGCAAGAGAAGUCCCAGUGCGCCCUCGAGGAAUACUGCCGGACGCAGUACCC